UUAGAUGGCAUUUACGUCGAUCUAAACGUUUAGGAAUCUAUUCUAAACGUGUUCUGAAUAUUUAAUUUGCGUUUAGAUGACAUUUACGUCGUUCUAAACGAUUAGGAAUCAAUUCUAAAUGAGUUCUGAAUAUUUAGUUAGCGUUUAAGCGCUAAAUCAUGCCGGUUUCCGUUACUUCGAUUAGCCCAGAAGGGAUUUUGCACAGAAUGAAACGGACAUUUUGGAUCUUUCAUUAUUGUUUAAAAACUUGAAUUUCAUAUGAAUAUUAAAUUAUGUAGAUAGUAGUUUAGAAAACUUAAAAGAAAUUUGAGUAAACAAAAAUUGAGUUAACGGAUGUUUUAGGAGGAUUAACUUUUUGAUAAUGACCUUUAGACAUGCUUGUUUGUAUAUUAAAACAUGCUUGUUACCAUAUUUAAAAUCGUUAUUUAGUCUGAUUUUCUAAUGGCAUAAAAAACUAUACUUAGACUGUUAUUAAAAUAGACUAUUAGUCUAUAAUAAUUCGCAUAAAUAUCACAAAAAUUUAAAAAAAGGUUUAGUUAUGAAAGUUAUUAAGAUUGGUAUUAUUUAAUUAAAUUGAAGCAGUUUGUAUUACAGAAAAAAGUGGUUUUACAAGAUUUGAAAUAGUUUGUAUCAAACCAAGAAGUAGUUAAAAGAUUGCAAAAGAGUAAAAUGUCAUAUCACCGGGCUGUUUGGUUGGAAGAAAAUCGUGAGGAAGAAGGAGUCUUGCCAUCCGCAUGGGUGCGGGGAAAAGUAGUUAUGUGGCCCCCAUCCAAAAUAAAUGCGUUUAAAUUAAUGAAAGAAGGAGUAGAACCUAAUGAAAAUUGGCGACUUUUUAAACUAAUAAAAAUAAAAAUUACUUCAGAUUGCUACGAGGAUUGUAAUAAUUAUGAUUUAACUACAGAAACUGAAGAAGAUAAUCAGCAAGUUUCAAAAAAGCGCAAGCGUACUGCUUGUAUAACUUUUUUUGAAGGCGAGGAAGAAGUUGAUGUUGAUAUUAAUACAGAAAUAAAACUAUCUACAUUUCCACAGCCACCUGCUGAAUUAGGCAAAAUGUUACCAUCAAAUAUUUCACUAUAUAAAAAGGUUGUGGAUGUGGUACCACAAGGAUAUAAAAGUGAUCAUGCAAGUAAGUUGUUGUACUUUAUAUCUUUGAAUACUAAUAAUAAUUGUAAUGGUUAUAUCUCAAAAGUAUACCCUGAGAUUUACAUUGUAGCUAAACUAUCACCAAUUCCACAGUCACCUGGUUGUUCAAGCUGUUAUUCUAAGAUACCUUCAUUCAAAUCAAGCAUGGUGACUAUACCAAAAGAAAAUAAAAUGGAUCAAUCAACUAACCAAUCAGCACUUUCUCCUUUUCUGUUACCCCGAAAAUUUGAUUCUAAAAUACCAAUAUUCAGACAGAGAGCUGCCACAUCAGAAGACAAUGUAAUAGAUCGAUCAAUGAAACUAUCAGCAUUAAAUAGAAAGUUUCAAGCAAACAUGAUACUGAGUGAGCCAACUGCUCCUCAAGAAAAUGAAAUCGAUAAUGGGAAGUUUCAGAGAAAAGUUCUUUAUCAGUUAUCAAAUAUGGCUAACGAAAUUAAAGAUUUACGAAUAGCAGUGGAAAUGAUGGCCGUACCAAGUUUAGAGACUGUUGCUGAGGUCCAUCUAGAAGUUAUAGCUGGAGCUAUUGGGACCUUGAAUGGAUACAGAAAAUUAGAGGAGCAAUGUGGAGUUCUUGCUAAUCGAACAAUUUUACUUCGCCCUCUUUCACGAAUCGGAGGGUCAUCCAUUAAAGAUACUUCUAAGAAUCUAUUGAAAAGACUUUUUACAAAUUUUGUUAUGUCUCAUUUGAGUAUGGAUGGUAAAGGUUCUUUUAAAAAGCUUCCGUUUAGAGACUCUGCUCUGUGUCAACUUGUUGUUGAGUGUGUAUUGAAACGAUAUUCUACGUCUUCUUUAUCCGAAAUACAUUCGUGCAUUGGUUCUCAUCUUAGAAUGGCUCCGUUUCGUUUAGGUGGCACUGGGAAAGGUGGCGCCCAUUUUUCCAAUUCUCAAGAUGGAGAGGCUGGCUUGAACGAUUCAAGCAAAGAUGAUGCUUAUUGUCAUGGAAGCGAUCAUGAUAAUGAUAAAUACGAUAUUAUAAUAAUUAAAAUUAGUGUAAAUAUGUUUAAGACUUGCAUGUAUGAAAAAAAAUAUCUGUAUGUUUGAUUCGUUUAUGAGUAUUUAGUUACGCGUUCAA